AUGAUAAGAGAUGGUACAACAGUUUGUUUGGAUCUUGAAACACAUAGUUACGAUGUUUGCAGUGGUUCAUAUACUAUUGAAUUAUCUGAUGGUGAAUGUUCUUGUGCUCAAAAUAUUCAAGAAAAUUUAACGGCAUACGUGAAUAAAUUGAAAUGGGAAAUAGCAGGCAAAAAUAAAGAUAAAGAAAAACUCUUUGAUGAUUAUGAGAACUUGCAAGAAAAAUAUAAUAAUUUGUUAUUAUCUUAUGAGUCACUCAAAAUCUCUUCAUCUAAACAAUUAACGGAUUUAAAAAGACAGCUAUCCUCUAUAAAAUCAGAAAUGGAUAGGAAUAUGAAUUGUGUUUAUGAAGAGUUAGAAAUUAAAGCAUUGCAACUUAAUAAAAUGAAGCAAAAACUUGAGAAACUUAGAAAUGCAAAUCAUAUGGCCAAUGAGCAUAUUAGGACUCUUCAGCUAAAUUUUGAUCUUGAAAGGAAUCGUUGGAAAGAAGAAAAAAUAAGGUUAUGUUCAAAUAAAUAUUCUAUCAAAAAAAUGAAAGAGUUAGAAGAAUUGAUGUUGUUGCAUAGACAAUAUGAAAAUAUGAGAUUUGAUAUCCCUGAAACAAGAGAGAAUUCUGUUUAUACUAGCGGUACAUCAAUCAAUGCUAUUCAUGAAGAUAUAAUGACAAAUAAUUCUUUCGAUAAUUUUUUUUCUAAUAAAACUCUUGCUGCAGAAUUGAGCUUAUGUUCUGAUAUAGAUCAGGGGUCAAAUACGCAAAUACCUCAAUUACUAGAUUUUUUCGAUAAAAAUAAUUCUCGUCCAUUAUCCAAUGUAAUAUUAAAUUCUGAAAAUCAUGAAAAUACAAUUAUGACGAUUCCAAAUGAGUGUAUUACAAAAUAUGCAUCUAAAAACGAUAUCAAUUUGCAAACAGAUAUUGUUGCAUUUUUAGGGGAAUGUAAAGAAGUGCCUGGGGAUGAUGUUUCUUCAUCGAUUCCCCCUGCUCAAGAGAUAACGGUCUCAGAAAAGAGUACACCGAUAAAUGCAGUUCAAAAGAAUACUUUUGAUUCUUUAAAAUCCGAAAAUUUAAAUUCAUUAAAAUUUAAGAAAUCUGUAAAAAACGUUUUGACGAAUCAAAAACAUUAUGUCUCUCCAGCGACUAAUUUUUUUAAGCGUCAAUUUUUUAGUAUUUAUCCACCAUUACCUAUUCCUAUUCGAAAAACGUCACUUGUUUUCAAAAAAGCAUCAGCAUUGUCUUGUAGAAUGGCUAAUAUAACUUUGAAGAUACCUGAAAAUAAAGAUUCAUGUUCUAAUUAUUUUCACGCAUUACAUAUCAUAUCAAAUAUACCGUAUAAGAAUAAUUUAAAUAGGUUGUUGAAAAGAAGAAGCUUAAUGAUAGAUGAUGUCUCUAAUUCUGGUAGAAAAUUGUUUGUAACAAGACAAUCUUUUUUUGCUUCUUUAUAA